AGCUGUGGGCUACAGAGGGUCGAUCGGUACAUGAGAAUCGGCCCCUCAAAAGCAGAGAGGGUGCGAAGACAGCGAUUGAUAGAGUUCACCAAGGAGAUCCAUGGCUUGGACUGGCAGGCUGCAAUUCAGUCUUUGCGAACAGCUCGAAGCUUGGCACUUCGUCUGGAUGUAGCGGGCAUCACUGCAGCAGUUGUCGCCUCCUGCAAGAAGCACAAGCAGUGGCCCCCAGCUCUGCAGCUGCUCUUGGGUGCCCAGCAGUGCCAGUUGCGUCUGGACAUCGUCUCCUGCAGCUCUGCCAUCAGCAUCAAUGAGAAGUGCAGCGAAUGGAAGCAGGCAUUGCUGCUGCUGAGAUGCGCUCAACGUACGUUGAAGCUGGAUUGCGUGGCUUGCAGUGCUGCAACCAGUGCAUGUGCUGCUGCCUCUGUCACGCAAUGGCGUGCAGCAGUGCAGCUGGCAUCGCCGGGUGAGCUCAAGCUGGGACCCAUUGCGUGCAACACGGCAAUAACGGCUUGCGAACGUGUGAGCUGUUGGGUGCUGGCGCUGGUGGCGCUGGAUCAGCUGCACCAGCCUCGAAGGAGUCGGAGGGGCAGAGCCGGCAGAGCUGGCAGAGCACCUUCAUCUUCAGUGAUAAGCUACAACACCGCCAUCAGUGCCUUGCAACAGGCAAGCCAGUGGCAGUGGGGCGAAGAUCUUCUUGCGAGCCUCAUGCAGGUGAACCUGCAGCCGACGGUGGUCACAGCUGGUGCUGUGUGCGCCAAGGCACCAUGGCCACGGAGCCUUGAGGUCUUGGAGCAGCUGGAAAUUCGACAGGUUCAGGCGAAUACGGUUGCCUUCAACACCAUAAUAAGUUCUUGCAGUGGAAGGCCUGCUCUCGAGCUACUUCGCAGAAUGUGGCAAAGGAGGAUUCGAGCAACUGUGAUCAGCUACAACAGUGCCAUCAGUGCUUGCAGCUCGUGGGAACUUGCGCUCUUCCUCUUGACCAACAUGGGAACUGCCAAGCUUGCACCUGACUUGCUGAGCUUCAACUCGGUGAUCAGUGCAUGUGAGACGGGGGCAAACUGGCAGUUGGGCGGAGCACUUUUAGACCUCAUUGCUACGGCUCGGCUGAGUUCAGACGUGAUCAGUCUUAGCGCAACGAUCAGCACCUGCGAAGCAGCGAGUCAAUGGCAAUAUGCAGCUGGUCUUCUGCACCUGAAAGAUGGACCCGAUGGAGCGGUACCAAACCUCACCACGUUCAACAGCGCUGCCACCUCCUAUGAGACACUUGGCAAUUUGCCCCUUGAGAUUUUUGCUGCGCCACGUGCAAAUGAGGAAAGCAAGGCGAUGGGAGCUGGCAGUGCAAACUUUGGAAUUGCUUCAGCCUCUUCAGCCGGACUUGAUCACCUACAACUCUGUCUUGAGGUCCUCUGGGAAGCGCUGGCCACUUUCCUUACAAAUUCUACAGACUAUGGUCCAGGCUGCCAUUGUCGCAGACCUCAUCAGCUACAACGCCGCCACACUCGCAUGCGAAGCUCAGCUCACACAUCUCCAGCUUUUGCUGGAUAGAGUUUUACCCAGAAGCUUGCAAGAGCUCCUUUACACCGUUCUCAAGCG